GCAAGAGUCGGAGGAGAACGCGUUGGGCAAACAGGAGGAGGAGGCUGGAGAUAAAGCUCGAUACCUGGAGAGGAGCAGAGAUAAUACAGUCAUUGCUUCCAGUGAUGCUGCUCCUGUUGACCUGAACUCGCCUUUACCAAAGACAAUGACCAUGCAGAUCUUCUUCAAUUCUUCAACACUAACACUGUGAUGGUGGGACCUCCCUAAUUCUGUAAACACCCCCUACAGUAUGCCCUCCACUUCCUUCACCCCUAUUUUUAACUCCUCAACCCCCACCUCAUCCUCAGGUUCGUCAUGCCAACUGGAUGAGUCCUACAAGCACAUCUUCUUACCAACCUGCUACCUCAUCACCUUCCUGCUCAGCUUGAUUUUGAACUCCACAGUACUCACACGAUGCCUACGACGACCUUGGAACCCAUCAUUGGUCUAUAUGUUUAAUCUGGCACUCAGUGACCUCAUGUACAGUUUGUCCUUACCCUUCCUUAUUGCCAAUUACAUCUCCCGUGACCGCUGGUUGUUUGGAGACCCUAUGUGCCGCCUAGUUCGGUUCCUCUUCUACUUCAACCUUUACUGCAGCAUCUUCUUCUUGACAUGUAUCUCGUUCCACCGCUAUCUUGGCAUCUGCCAUCCUAUGCGUUCCAUGAGGUUAGAAACAAUGCGUUGGGUGAGGGCAACCUGUCUACUGGUUUGGGCUGUGGUAUUUGCCAUGACCUUUCCUAUACUUCUGUUUGCUCGUACUGGACCUCUUGAAGGCCCUGAAGAUAUAGUGACCUGUUGGGAUGAUGCCCUUGAUGCAGACCUUCAACGUUACAUGCCAUAUGGACUUUUUCUACAUGCAGCAGGCUUUUUCUUGCCCUUCUCAUUGACUGCCUGGUGCUACUCAAGAGUGGUACGCACACUCUGCCGGACUCUACGUGGAGGUGCUGUACCAGGGCCUGUGCCAGGUGUGACCCAAAGACGCAAAUCCAUUCGGACCAUUGUCACCAUCACCCUUCUGUUUGCUCUUUGCUUCCUACCUUUCCAUAUCACCCGUACCAUUUUCCUGACAAUGCGGGCUGGUGGCAUGGCUUUAGGUGGAUGUCGUGCCUUGGGAGUGGUGGCCGUCUGCUACAAAGUAACCCGGCCUCUGGCCAGCGCCAAUGCUUUUCUCAAUGCCCUGCUGUAUUUCCUGACCAAGGAGCCCUGGGGUAGAGCCCUGAGGGGUAAAAAAGAGAAAGCGCAAAUGGGUAAGAUGGACAAAAAGAGACCCACUAAAAAUGGACAACCAUGGAGUAAUUUCUACCCACAAUUACCUUGAAGAUCUCACAGGAACCGAUGGAAAGAAGCAAUUUUUUUCCAAGAUUGUGAACUCGAGUUUUUGAGUUAUCAGCUUCUGGUGGAAAUCUGGAUGACAACCAAUAUGGCCACCAUUACAGUUGUCACAGUGGUUGUUUACUCUAUUCACCAAGGGUCCUGACUGGGAAUGUCCCAGGCCCAUAGCUGCAGGGUUAGCAGUCGCUCCAGUCCCUAGUGCCUGAUGGGGGCCCAAAGGUCCUUGCCAAAUAAGACACUAGCAUUAGAAAUGGCAUAUGGCAGGUGGGGGCCCUAUUUAAGAUUACCCACUGGGGCCCAGGAGUGUGCCACAAGAUAAUUAUAUAAAGUUUGCCACUUAAGUCUACCAACUGCGGUGGUACCUGUGCUGUGGCCAAGUUGGUUGUCACCAAGAUGUCAAGAUGACAAGUGGACUGAAUAGAAUUUUUGGGAAACUCAAGGAAUUAUUAACUUUUUUGGGGGGACGGGAGGGGUCUGUUUUUAACUAUAUUAUACAAUUAUUUAUCACAAUGGGCUGAAGCUAAAGACAUGCCAUAUAUCCCACACUAAUGGGAGAGCAGUGGCAAGACGUUGUGCACAGCACGGCCCAUAACUUUUUAUAGACAAGGACAGAAUCUACUAAGAAACAGGCAAAAAUAGCUUCCGAUGGAAAACAAGAUGUGUUUUCUAUGUACAGAAAAGCAUGAGGAACGAUAUAAUAUAUAUAUAAUAUUUUACAAUCUUCUACGUUUUUCAUUACAACAUGAGCACUAGGUGGCGCUUUUAACUAUCAUUUGUAUUUAAGCAAUGCAAAAUAUACAGGGAAAUGGGAAUCUCUGUGUCAAAUUGUUUGUGUUUUGCUAAAUAAAGUUCUC